GGGGCGGCUUCGGCGGCGGGGGCGGUGGCUUCGGUAGCAGUUUCGGCGGCGGGGGCGGCGGCUUCGGCAGCGGCUUCGGCGGCGGCGGCAGUUUCGGCGGCGGGGGCUACGGCAAGGGCGGCGACAAGCGGCCAGGCGGCGGCAUGCCCGACAGGUACCAGGGAGCGUGA